CAGGAGUCUGAUAGAUAGGACCGGAGUAAGCACAGAGGAGUGCUAGUCUUGCCCUCACUCACUGGACUUUGUCCCAGCCUGGGCUUCAGCUGGGAAAAGGAUUUGGCUCAACUAUGAAUAACACCUUCCAUGGAUUGGCCAAUACAUCCCCCACCAAGAACAGAUGGGACAGAGAUUAUCAGGACGGUAAUCCAGAGGAAGAAGUGACACAACGAAAAGGAUACAGCAAGAAGAGAAAAUUCACAGUUAGAUGAUUGAAAAUGUCACUUUUUGAUGAAACCUCUGCUGACCUUCCUGUAAAAGAUACUGACUGCAGACCAGCUAUAAUAACAGCCAUACAAGAUGUAGCAAAAGCAUCUCCCUGCCAGAGGUAUUUGACUCAAAAGACUCCAAAAAUGAAAGAGAAAGAUCUAAAGGCUAGACGGAGGGUUGCUUUAAUAUCCCGUGAAGAGCUAGAGGACAAUUUUCUACAUCUUCACAAGGAGAAUCUACUACUCAAGGAAUAUGCCAGAAAACAAGAGGACAAAAUUAAGAGAAUGGCCACAAAAUUGCUUCGUCUGACUUCAGAACUUGGAAAGCAUGGAGAAAAGAAAAAAGGUCCGGGUCGAGAUUUAGAGGCUGAGGAUAUGAUUGAGGACUUGCAGGAGCGUGUUAGAGACUUAGAACGAAGAAAUGAAGCCCUAAGGCACCGACUAACUAUGUACAAGCAAAGACUUCAGAUUCAAAAUGGCUGCAGACACUGUCCCUACAGCACGAUAACAGCUCGGACAGAUUCCGGUGUUAGAAAAACCAUUAUAUUGCCAGAUAAUUAUAAGAAAGGUCUAGUUGUGCAAGGGCCAGAUAUGGGACACCCACAUGCGACUGGGGAUUAUUGUGUUGAGACUCCAGGCAAUGAAGCCAGAGCUGAGAUUGACAGACUGUUCCAGAUCAUAAAACGCCAAACCAGUGGUGUGGAUGAUCGCUGUGCAGCCUUACUAAAGAAUAUGGUUACUAGUAAGUCAAAGGAGUUAGGAACAGAGAUGAUGGUUUCCCACCACAUGCAGCAAGCAGAGGAUCAGAGGGCAACUAUCCAGGAAAAUGUGGCAAAUAUCCGUUUGCAAAAGGAACUCAGGGAAAAGAGCACAAGUCUCUGUGCUCUCAAAGAACAAUUCCAACAGCUCAAAGAGUCUUAUGAGACAGAGUUGCAAGAGAAGCAAAAGUCAUUGACUCUCAGUCAUGAAGCCGUGUUGGCUCAGUUAGAGAACCUCAGCUCACAACUGAAAGAGGAAAGAGGGAAGGUGCUGGCAAUGGAGAUGGAUCAGCAGAACAUUGCAAACCUUCAGAAGUCACUUCUUGAGUUUCAGGAUCGAGUCUGUGAUCUUGAGAAGGAGAAAGAACUUCUUAAAGAAAACUAUGAGAAUCUUCUAAAAAGUUCUCUGGACUCAGAACACUUGAACUUGUGGAAAGUAAGAGAGGUUGAGUUGAAGGCACAGGUGACAACGCUGGAGGGACAGCUUCAACGUCAUGUCAUUGAUCUUACGCAAAGCAAGGAUCUUCUCCAGCAAGAGACAGAGCAAAACGGUCAUCUAAAGCAAGUUAUAUCUCAGCUUCAGUCUCAGCUCCUUGAGAAGAUGCAAGAAAUCCAUAAUCUUCAAGACAAAAUAUCAGAUCUUUUGUUUUUAACAACUGUUAAGAAUGUUUCCCAGGAAGAGGACAUGAGAAGACAAAAGGCCCAGCCAACCAAAGUUGAAGAAACUCAAAAAUUGGCAGGAAGAAAUGAUGGGGAAAAUGAUCUUUGUGGUGACCGAAGUAAGAAGAUAGAAGAGAAGAAUAAUCCUAGACAACAUGAUAUAGAAUCAGAUAUGGAAACGGGAAAUGUCCGAAAAGAGGAGGAAGAGCAGAGAGUCAUGGAAGAGAAAAUGCAAAGGAGGAUACGGGAAAUGGAAGCGUCUCAUGCCGAGACUAUUCUAGAGUUAGAGAAAACCCGUCAGAUGCUAUCCUUAGAGCACACCAUUAACAAUGAAUUCCAGGAGGAGCUAAAGACUGUGAAGCUUAGAUCAGAAUGUGAAAUUCGAGAGAAUGAAGAAAAAGUGCACAACUAUGAGGCCAGACUUCUUCAGCGGAAUUCCAGAAUCCAGAUGUUGGAAGCAAAGUUCAAAGACAUUGCAUAUGGCACAUUUCCAUUCAGACUAAAUACUGAAGAUUCUCCCUUGUCUGAAGUUGGUGUCUCCCCACCUCCUUCUCUUCAGCGUGGAGAAACUCUGUUUGAGGUCCAUAUUGGAGAUAUAUGCUUAACCCCUUAUGGCAUGAGAAUUAUUGAAGACCCUCAACCAGUCACAUUUUGUAUCUACUCACUAUAUGACUUUGAGACCCAUGCAACCCCUGUUGUUGCUGGAAGCAGGCCUCAGUACAACUUCACUUCUCGCUAUGCCGUAACUCCCGAUCCCGAAUUCCUGCGCUAUCUAAGAGUUGGGACACUAACAGUUGAGCUUUAUCAAGUUAAAGGGAUUGACCAUCAUGAACUAGCAAGAGGACGUCUGAAGCUAGACUCAGCACUGCAAACCACAAACAGAGUAUGCAACUCUAUUAUUCUAACUGAUGAAUCUGGGGAGACCGUCGGUGAACUGAGCUACUGGCUUCGUCUACAUGGGCCCCUUUCCCAUGUCGAGUGUCUUCAAAGGCAAAGAAGCAAAGCACGUGGCUACAUAUCCACUCACAGACAUGGUAAUACAGAAAAGUUCUGGAACUCACCAUUGAGAAGUGGACUCCAAAAUGAUUUGAUCAUCAAGAUAUGGGGUUGUAGAAGUCUGAAAGCGAGUCAUUUGGGCCAUCAACCAAGUCCAUACAUUGUCUAUCGUUUUUACCAUUGCCCAGACCAUACUACUUCCAUUAUACCCUGUAGCAACAACCCUCAGUUUGACUAUGAAGCUGUCUAUCCCCUCCAGUUGACCAUUGACCUGGAGCGCUAUCUUCAGCAGGACCAUCUGUAUAUUUAUGUGUUUGACGAUGAAGAAACUCAGCCAGGAGUUUAUCUGGGAAAAGCUGAGGUGCCCCUUCUGAGACUGGCACAGGGAGAAAGCAUCCAAGGUGAUUUUGGGCUUAUGAAUCCUUAUGGCAAGUGUGUUGGCUCCAUACAGAUAAGCUUGGAAUGGAGAAAUCCUUACCAUGCUCCUGGUCAGAGUCUCUGGGAAUCAUCUACCUGUGGUGACAUAACUUUAGAGAAGCACCAAUCUCCUAGGAAGGUAUUACCAAGGGAUACGUCAAGGAUUCAUUUAAGUACAUCCAGACUAUCUAAAUCACGAAAGGCUGAGGAAGAACUACAAAGAGAUGUAAGUGCUAACAAAAGAGGAAGGAGAGACCCUUACACAACAGAAUAUCCAAAGCUGAAGCAGAAUGAGACAAGACUUCACUCCUUGACACCUGAUCACCUGAGUGAUGAAAUAGACAUGAAUGUGGAGGAUAUACAGGAACAACAACGAGAAGGAUAUCAAGAAGGUCUUUUGUGUAUAGAUGAAUCUGAUCAGGACACAAGAUAUGCAAGUUCUUUCAAACCCAUCAGACAAGUCCAACCAAAAGAAAAAGGUGGAAAAAGUAAUCCAUCAAAGAACCUUGGUACCAUACACAUUACAGACAGCGAUUAUGAUGAUGGUGAUAAUGAGGAUGAUAUCAUCAUAGCAUCAGAACCCUUUUAUGCAUAUAAAAUGCCUUCAUCUAGGAUUCGGGUGGAAGUGGCCUCUCUCACUUUAGACCCAUGCUCACAUGUGGUGGCUGAUAAAUCAGUGGAGAGGGUGUUUGUGGAAUUUUAUUUCCCCGGUGUGCCUCCUGAAGAAACAGAGACACCUUUAUCACUACGCAAGCCUACCCGUGGUGAAGAGAUAUACUACCAUUUCAGCAAAGUGAUUUAUCUUGAUGGUGAAAAUCAUGUAGAUCGAAGACAUUUCCUCUAUAUGCUCCUAGAGGGAUCAGACACUGCCGGAGAAACAGUCAGGUUGAAGUUCACAGUAGUGAGUGAUCCACUAAAUGAAGAAGAAGAUGAGUGUCGUGAUUUAGGAUAUGCCUAUUUAGACCUGAGGAAUCUCUUAAGAAGAGCUGUAGACCCAGCUGAAGAAACUUUACAGGUUUUGGAUGUGUCUGAUCCAAGUCAAAUAAUUGGAGCCCUACGUGUAAUGAUAGAAGCCAGAGAAGCAGCACGGGUUGUGUACAGGGAAAGAAGAAUGAUGUCUAGAGGCCAUUCAUCACCUUUCAUAAUCACGAGUCAAGUGUUUUGACAGCAUAAUGCAAUGAGAUUUCCAUACAUUAGCUAAACACCAAUGUUUGCAAUCCUUAUACAGUGACAUGUUAUUGAAACUACCCCCUAAUCGUAUUGGGAUGCAUUCUCCUAAAAUAAAGUGGUUAGUAUGCAAUAAAAGGUGAAACUGAAAAUUUGUCAAAUAAAAUCUGUUCUGGAUAAGAGUUGAUGCUGAUUUUGAGGCCUCCUAAUGACUAUGAAUUAUUGAGUUCAAUGGAACUUUAGUGACUGCUUACAGAUCUGAAUUCUGCCAGAAGAAAUGACAAGUCAA